CUGCGCAUCACCAUCUCCUCCCUCCUCAUGAGCCCACUUUCUCGAAAUACAUCCUUCGCCCCAGCACACACCAGCUUGCUCAGGCCUCUCUCGUCCCUCAUCACCGCCCUCCUCCCUUGGCCGCCGGCAUCCAAUCUGAGUGGGCGGGAGGACCUCCCCAACCCCUGAACCCGCGUCUAUUCCCGCCCCUGCGCGCUUAUAAAACCGGCCCGGAUCGCGCCGGAAAGUCUUGGGUCUUCAGAAUCGCUCAGGGUUGCAGCAGAACAUCCCCCUUCCUCCGUCUUAUCCCUCCCCUCUCCAUCAUCCUCACUGUUUUUUAGGAGACUCUUUUUACGCAUCAUCCAUCCUCACCCCAUCCACCACCACCACCGCCACCACACUCCACAACUGUAGCGGGACCGUCUUUCUGCAGGCCAGUUGCAUGCAUUGUUCGUCUCCCAAAAUGGUUUGCGAGACUAAAAUCGUUGCGGACGAACACGAGGCUAUACCUGGGACCAAAAAAGAGCCGAUGAUGUGGGGCUCCCCGGCGGCCCCCGGCGCGGCUCUGAGCCCCGCCGGCGAGCCCAAGGAUGUGCGGAGGGACGGGGUGUUUAUCCGCGAGUUCGAGCGGGAGGACCAGGAGGAGGUGCUGCGCAUCUUCCACGAGGGCAUCAUGGAGCGGAUACCCAACUCGGCGUUCAGGGGUAUCUGGCAGCAGCCCCGGACCCAGUUCUUAUACGCCUUUCUGACAGCAAUGUGCUUUUACAUGACCAAAUCUGUCACGCUGACCUGCUGUGCACCGCUCAUUCUCAUGGGUGCGCGCUACUACUACAGCAGGAAAGUUAUCCAGAAUUAUUUGGACUGUGCUCUGAACACGGACAUGGCUGACAUUGAGGCCUAUUACAUGAAACCCACAGGCUCCUGCUUCUGGGUGGCGGUCCUGGAUGGGCGCGUUGUGGGCAUCGUGGCAGCGCAGGGCCACGAGGACGACAACACCGUGGAGCUACGGCGGAUGUCCGUGGACUCUCGCUACCGGGGCAAAGGCAUCGCGAAGGCCCUGGGCCGCCGUGUUCUGGAGUUCGCCGUGCGCAACAACUACGCCGCCGUGGUCCUCGGAACGACCGCCGUCAAGCUGGCCGCCCACAAGCUGUACGAGUCGCUGGGCUUCUGCAGGACGAGCCAGAGCGAGGACUACAGGCUACCCGGGAUGAGCCGCUCGCCGCUGGAGAGGCUCUUCUUUCAGAUCCGCCACAGCCGCUACCGCCUGCAGCUCCGUGAGGAGUGAGAGGUGACGGAGAGAGAGAUGGAGGAGGGGGAGAUGGAGGGAGAGAGGGACAGAGAGAGCAAACACCCUCCUUCACCUUUGAACCCCAACCGCGUCCUCUCCUCUGACAGCUUUUAUUUAUUUUGAGUCAUUGUAGUUAUGUUUGAGUAAUCCUUUUACUAUUUCAUGGUGAAGUCACUAAUGUUUUUUAUUGUUACACUUUUCUUGCUAUAGUUUUUGUAUUUUAAUUUUACACUGAGUAUAUAUAUUUUUAAGUUUCAUUAACCUAAUUUUUUGGCUUUCUUGUCCCUCCCUCUCCAUCGGAGAAAUAAAACUAUGUAUUUUUACAUUUAGCUGGCAUCCAAACCAAUCACUGUCCAGCCUUUGACCCCAGAUUAUGUGGUUCAGAUCCAACCCACUGGAGGGGGUCGGACGCCACGGGGUGGCUGAGAUAUGGUUUUCUUUCUAGAGAGGUGAAGAAGUUUAAUAAUUAUUCGCAGCCCUGGUAAAAAAAAAAAAAAAAUCAUCUUUAAAGUAAAUGGUUCUCAUUUUAUGUUUCACAUUUCUCCAAAAACGUUCCCAUACAAAGAGUGUAAAAUUGGAAAAAGCUUCUUUUUACACGCUUUUCUGUCAAAGUUUGUCUGCCAAUCCAAGAAGACGUCUAUUAACUAACUAUUUCAAGACAACAGAGCAACUCGAGACCUACCUCUUUUGUUAUUUCAAAAAUAAUUUUCCCAUUCUGAAGACUAGUUAAGAGAAAUGGGCCUCAGUAGCUGCGUUUCCAUUGACCACAUAAUUCAGAAAAUUGAUUCCAAAAUAGAUUUCCUUAAUGGCAAUUUUGAAAAAAAAAUUUUAAGAAAAAGUUUUUGCAAUAGGAUUGAGGUUGUUUUUCAACCUCAAUGAAAUUAGUGUAUUUCACAAAACUGCUGUGGAAACAUUUUCUGUCAACAACCGGAUGUUACUACUGGCAGAAAAGACGAAGAAAAACGACAGGAAGUGGUCAAAGGAAGUUGGCGUGAACAAUUUCUUUCACAUGAUCUGACUGCGUUAAAGGAAGCAGCAAAACUGUGAAAUUGUGUUUUUUCUACAUUAGCAGGAUAUUAACAAAAACACAGCUCACUUUAUUUAAUACCUCAGGAAACAGGAAGUCACAAAUUAAAAGCUUCAACAAACUAAAAAAGGGGUAGAAAUUGCAAAAUGCUUCCGUUAAAUUCAUGUAAUAGGAAUUCUUUUUAUUGACAAUAAUUAAGUGGAGAUUUUGUUGAAUAAUUACUACAAUUUAAUAUUUCUUUAACACAUCUUUACCAGGGGUGCAAGGAAGUGUGGGACACAGUCAUACUUUGCGUGUGCAUUGUGAUGUUUAAUGUAACACAGAGGGAACUCAUCUGACAGCUGGCCUCCGUCUGAAAAAACCACAUUGAAGCACAGCGAGAGCCGAGUCCCGCAGUGAGGUUUAAGGACGACAGGAUGGCCACCAGAAUAUGCUCAGGGCAUCCAGGACGCAUUCAGCAACGCAGUGAAACCUCCUCAAACACUCGUCUCUGUUGUCCUUCCAAACAAAUUACUGAACUUCUUCUCUUCUUGUUUUUGAACUUAUUUAAUUGAUGAAUCACUGGUUUUAUCUCUCCGGAGCUGUGGAUGGGUUUCUGGUUUAAGGUGGAGGAAGGGUGGAGCUCAGAGCCUGAGUGUGUGUGAUAACUGAGAGCUUGUCAUGGCGUAUGUAUGCAGAUUCACGAGGCAAGUGUGGUUGACGUGACACGAGCCUCAAGAGUGUGUGAGGAAUCUUUCUCUUUGGCUAAAAGUCAGGUGUUAUCUAACUUAAAUUACUUUAUGUGUGUGCUUAUAAAUUGUUUACUGAUUAAAUCAAGUCAAAGUCUAACAUUUUGGAUACGUUAACAGCCUAACUGGAAAAUUUGUAAUUUUCUAACAAAGUUCCACGUUUAAAUAUGCAAAUUUUGCUGUCAAAACUACGACAAUGACUAAAUAGCUGCAGUCUACGUUUAAUAAACAUUCAGGUUAUUGGGUAAAACACGACUAACUAGCAAUACUUUGAAAUGUACAGUACAUGACUGAGCACAAAUUACAACCCAGUAUUAGAACCCAUGUAUUGGCAUGACCAUCCCUUCUGUUCUGCGUGUUCUUACUGUGUAUAGAGCUGAAAACUCAUGUAGCAAAUACCGAAGUUUCUCUCGUACCUGCUUACUCCGACCGAACAACCAGCAGCAGAUUCAGCAAUCCGUGACUCUGAGCCUACGUUGUGUCAUCAAACCAUUUUUAUAGUGUUAUAUGUACAGCAAAACAUAACAAAACAAAAAAAGCACAUAAUGAAAAAAAUAAAAUAAAAUUGAAAGGGGAAAACAUGAACGUCAUCGUCACAAAUCAGCACCAUCCCUCACUUUCCUUCACCCUCCUCCCUAUUCAUGAAUCUGACUGCAACCCUGGGCUGGAGCAAACAGCCCAUCACUCUGUCCACCCACAACCUUCUGCAUGUGCCCCCCACCCAGAGCCUUGCUGCAAAGCUUUAAUUACUCCAUUUCAAACUGGUUGGACCAGUCCAAGGCCCGGUCCCCGAUCAGAGAUCAAUGCGACGCCACCUCUGCAGCGAGGGGACCGACUGGCGCCAGGUUGCUCAUGAUGUACGGUUGUGUGUGCGAACGGGCGUGAUGCGGAGGAGGCGGAUGUUGAGAACGACAGGCCGCGGGCGCGCUUGUGUGGCUGAGAGUUGGUGCAGACGUACAGAUCACGCUUUACCAACUGCAGCGCUGCCUGGACGACAUUCUGCCCGCCGGCUCACCAACUGUAGAAUGCAAACAGCAAUGCAAGUGUGGCAUGCCUCUGUACCCAGUGUGUGUCCGGUGCCUGCCCUGGAAAUGCAUAGGACAAAAAAAACAAAACAUAUGUACUAUAUAAAAGAUUUAUAUAUCUAUAUACAUAUAUAUAUAAUAAGAGAAAAUACACCUUUUUAAGAUAAACAUAUGAGAUAAAUGUGUUUCUUUAAAAAAAAAAAAAAAAGAAGAGUUGUACCAUCUGCAUGAAAUGUGUCUUUGAAUGCAAAUAUAACUUUAAGGAGAGGAACUCUGACCACAUGGCUACAGAAAACACUUGUUUACAUUACUUUGAAUGGUCAAAAUUAUCUGUAAUAUUUAUUACCAGCCACAAGCCAGUACUACAAAUCUUCAUGAGGACAAAACUCAUCUAAUAGCUGCAGUUAUUCAGAGUAAAUCCAUCACUGACUGAGGGAAAAGAAGGCUUGUUUUUUUUUUUUUGUUAUCUUCUGAUAGAUCAGCUUUAAAACGUUUAGAAGGCAUUGGAUUGAAGUGCAAAAAG